GAUGGGGAAGGCAAGCAGAUGGAUCAUAAAUUUCUUGGUUGGAAAGCAAGAAAAAAAGAUUAACGAUGCUCCGAAAACUAAGGUUUCGAAUGAGUCUUCAUCUACCACUUCUGCCAGGCCGUCGGUGAACUGGCCAGGGACGCCGAAAGUGAAGAGAAGGUGGAGCUUUGGAAAGUUGGCAGGCAAAGAGGCUUCCCACAGGGUUACAAGAUCUGUUGAUUCAAUUGACAUCUCUAAGUUGUCACUGAAAGUUCGGAAGAAUCAUGCCGUGGCACCAAGAGAUGUCGAAAAUGCUGCUGCCACAAGGAUUCAAGCUGCCUUCCGUUCGCAUCUGGCAAGGAAGGCUUUACAUGCCUUGAAGGGUUUGGUGAAGUUGCAAGCACUCAUAAGAGGUCACAUUGUGAGGAAACAAACAACUGCUACGAUAAUGCAGAUGCAGGCGUUGAUGGCGAUCCAGGUUAGAGCGCGGUUUAAGCGAAUUCAGAUGGUGGAAGAAGCACAGAUAGCUAAUAAAAAGCAGCUGAUCAUUCGAAGAGGCCACCCUCAGUACAGUGGAGUUCAUAGGAAGUCAAUAGUUUUGAACACGAAUGAUGUUCAACGAGUUGCGAAAAGCACGAGUGGACACCUUAAUCAUUCACAAGCUGUAGGGAGGUUUGAGCAUGGCUAUUCAACAGUCUAUUCUGAUCGUCAUUCCAUCUCAAACCGGCAUCACUACGAGGAAUCCUCUUUUGCAACAGUAAAUAGUCCCCGGAAUUAUCCUGCUGCAUCCAAACCAAAACCAAGAAGACACUCUUUCGCUCAUCAACCCCAAGAUGACACAGACUACGAGGACUUCGCAUUCAAGCCAAAUUACAUGACCAACACGAAAUCUUCCAAGGCGAAAGCUAGGUCACAGAGUGAACCAAAGCAGAGGCCUGAAGGAAGCUUGCAGAAUAGAAGCAAGCAAACGGAAGUGGAUGCAACACUAGUUGCGAUGGAGGAUCAAGUGCUGAAACGUUCAUCUACGCAGUUCAAACCCAACGGUCAGAAAAGCCAUGAUCCCUGGUUUGUUAAGCUCUACAGAUCAAGAAGAUUGUCCGAGGACAACAAGCAUGCUUCCGUUAGCUCGAGUACUGUCCAUUCUUACUAUCAAGAAUCUCUUGCUGCAUAUGAGCCUCAUGUGAAUUUGUACUAACAGAAGGGGAUGCUGAAGAGCUCUUCCAGACUGAUAUAGAGCAUGCAGAGUCCUACACAUCAAUGUAUAUCAAAAUGUAAACGUUUUAAGUGGCUCAAGUUCACCCGUUAAAAUAUGAUGGAUUCUUCAACGCACAUUGAUGUACUCUAGAAUUUUCGUAGCAUGCAUUUGCACUACUCAAAAGAACUUUCUUAUGAAAGAUACUAAUAACUAAUUGUACUUGUUCAUGACGUUCAGUGCCAUUU